AUGGCGCUCCUCCGCGCCCGCAUCCGCCGCGACCCCCUCCUCCCGCGCCACUUCUCCUCCUCCUCCCCGCCCUUUCCCCCACCCCCAUCCGAACGCGCCUCCGCCGAUCCGCCCCCGCGCUCCCCCUUCGCCAACGUCCGCGAUCGCCUCAGCUCCACCGCCUCCGCUCCCCCCAACGAUGACCUCCGCCGCAAGCUCCGCCACUUCGCCAAGUCCCAUCCCUCCACCUCCGCCACGCAUUCCCCCUCCUCGUCCUCUCCGGGGCCCUCCUUCCUCGACGUCUUCGCCAGCGCACCCUCCUCGCCCCUCGCUCCCAACCGGUCCACCCCCAUCCCCUUGGACUUCGGCGCGCUCCGGGAUAGCCUCAACAAGCCGGGCUCCGCGGCGGCGGGCCUACCCGCCCCUGGCGCCAGGAAAUUCGACUGGAAGCCCUCCCUCUCCCCGCAGCGGCGGAGGCCGGCGGGGGCGGAGGCGGCGUUCGGGAGGGACCCGGGGGAGAAACCGGAGUUCCUGCGGCAGUACAGCUACGAAGACCUCGGCAAGCGGCUUGGGGACCUGCGGCCCGCAGGGGCGGGGAAGGACGGGAAGGAGUGGUUCUCGCUGGAGGAGCUGAGCGCGCGCCUCGGGAGGCUGCGGGAGGUGGAGAAGGAGGAGAGGGAGAGAGCGCCGAUGGCCGGAAUGGGCAUCGGAGCGCUGCAGGAGGCGCUUCAGGCGCACGCGCUCCAGACCAAGGGUCAGAAGAAGGCUGGCGGCGCGCCGAGUAUGUCAGCUUUGAUGGGACUUGGCGGGCAGACGGUGCAGGGCAAGCCACAAGAGGAGCUGAUGGAGAGGUAUUUCCAUCCUGAUCACAUGUCAUCGGCUGAGAAGAUGAAGCUGGAGCUGAAGAGGAUAAGGGACAAGUUCAAAAUGUCGGAGAAUGACUGUGGUUCUGCAAGAGUUCAAGUAGCACAACUCACUACAAAAAUCAAACAUUUGUCAGGUACUCUACAUAAGAAGGACAAGCAUUCUAGAAAGGGACUGCAAGAGAUGGUCCAAAAGAGGAAGAAAUAUCUCAAGUACUUGCGUAGAACCGACUGGGAUUCGUACUGCCUAGUGUUGAAAAGCUUAGGGCUCCGUGAUGUGCCGGAAUACAAGGCCCCAGAUUACAAGAGCAAGAGCAACACCAAGUCCAAAACCAAGAAAAAGAGCAAAAGAAAGAUGAAGGCAUAAUCAUUUCCCUGGCUUUUAACGUCAUGACCAGAAUUGGUAGUUAGGUACAUGCCCAGGCUCUGUAUAUGUCAGCACCUUUCCCGAUCUCAACUUUCUGCUCCUUUUGUUUUGAGUCGACUGCCUUUUGCUCUUAUAUAGUAUAACAGUCCCCCUUCUAGCAAUUGUUUUGGCUCUUCUCCAAAUUGCUGGGAGUGCUUCCCUUUGUUCUGAGCAACUACUGUUUACGGUUGAGGAACAAGCUAAUAAUAACAACAGUUGAUG